AUGGAAUAUAUUGAAAGAGAGCUGGAUGUAAUUACCCGUAGCAGUAAGGUGGCAAUAGGAAAUGUGAUGGAAUAUGAGGAUCCUCAAAAGCAUGAACAAAGUCAAGGUGUGGAAGAACAAAAAGUACCUAUCCGACAAAACCAUACAAAAAACCCACAGGAGGAAGCGGAGCAACAAGUGCAAAACUUAUCAAUUAACCUUCCUCCGGUAGAAGCAUUGUUGGAAAUGCUGGGAUACACCAAAUUCAUGAAAGAGCUGGUUACAAAGAAAAAGAUCUUGGACUAUGAAACGAUUGAGGUGCCUCAUAGUUACAGUGCAAUUAUGACAAAUGAGUCAAUCACUAAGAGAGAAGAUCCUGGGGCAUUCACAAUCUCGUGCACAAUUGGCAUGCUCCAAUUUGCUAAAGCUUUGUGCGAUUUAGGAGCAAACAUUAACUUGAUGCCCUAUGCAAUCUACAAGCAACUUGGUUUGGGUGAACCAAAGGCAACCACAAUAAGGCUCCUCAUGGCUGAUCAAUCAGUCAAGCACCUAGUGGGGAUACUUUAUGACAUAUUGGUGAAGGUGGAUCGAUUCAUCUUUCUGGCUGAUUUUGUGAUUCUAGAUUGUGAGAUCGAUGCUGAAAUCCCCAUUAUUUUGGGAAUGCCAUUUUAA